AUGUCCCUAGGUCCAGUGUGUAAAAGUAAGGAGGCUGAGAUAAAGAGGAUAAACAAAGAACUGGCCAAUAUCCGCUCCAAAUUUAAAGGAGACAAGGCUCUAGAUGGCUACAGUAAGAAAAAGUACGUCUGCAAGUUGCUUUUCAUCUUUCUCCUGGGCCAUGAUAUUGACUUCGGACACAUGGAGGCCGUCAACCUCCUCAGCUCCAACAAGUACACAGAGAAACAAAUAGGUUACCUGUUCAUCUCAGUGCUGGUGAACUCUAACAGCGACCUGAUCAGUCUCAUCAACAAUGGCAUUAAGAAUGACCUGGCCAGCCGCAACCCAACCUUCAUGAACCUGGCUCUGCACUGCAUCGCUAAUGUGGGCAGCAGAGAAAUGGCGGAGGCUUUCGCUUCGGAAAUUCCCAAGAUCUUGGUGGCCGGGGACACCAUGGACAGUGUGAAGCAGAGUGCAGCACUGUGUCUGCUACGACUCAAUAGGACGUCUCCUGACCUGGUGCCAAUGGGUGAAUGGACGGCCCGAGUGGUGCAUCUGCUUAAUGAUCAGCACCUGGGAGUGGUUACAGCAGCCACCAGCCUUAUUACCACUCUGGCUCAGAAGAGUCCUGAUGACUUCAAAACAUCCAUCUCACUUUCUGUGGCCAGACUCAGCAGGAUAGUGACAUCUGCAUCCAUCGACCUGCAGGACUAUACAUACUACUUUGUUGCAGCACCAUGGCUUUCUGUCAAAUUGCUGCGUCUUCUUCAGUGCUACCCUCCCCCUGAGGAUGCAGCACUGCGAAGUCGUCUCACCGAGUGUCUGGAGACCAUCCUCAAUAAAGCCCAGGAGCCCCCCAAGUCCAAGAAGGUCCAGCACUCCAACGCAAAGAACGCUGUUCUGUUUGAAGCCAUCUCCCUCAUCAUCCACCAUGACAGUGAGCCCACGCUGUUGGUACGAGCCUGUAACCAGUUGGGUCAGUUCCUGCAACACAGGGAAACCAACCUCCGUUACUUGGCCUUGGAGAGUAUGUGCACGCUGGCCAGCUCAGAGUUUUCUCACGAGGCGGUAAAGACGCAUAUAGAAACUGUGAUCAAUGCUCUAAAGACAGAGCGAGAUGUGAGCGUCCGUCAGCGGGCUGUGGAUCUGCUCUACGCCAUGUGUGACCGCAGCAAUGCCAAGCAGAUUGUGGCUGAGAUGUUGAGCUACCUGGAGACGGCCGACUACUCAAUCAGAGAGGAGAUAGUGCUUAAAGUGGCAAUCCUUGCAGAGAAGUAUGCUGUGGACUACACCUGGUAUGUGGAUACCAUCCUCAACCUCAUCCGCAUCGCCGGCGACUAUGUCAGUGAAGAAGUGUGGUAUCGGGUCAUUCAGAUUGUCAUAAACCGAGAUGAUGUCCAAGGCUAUGCUGCAAAGACUGUUUUUGAGGCACUACAGGCCCCCGCCUGCCACGAGAACCUGGUUAAGGUGGGGGGUUACAUCCUGGGGGAGUUUGGUAACCUCAUUGCUGGUGACUCACGCUCCAGCCCUCUGAUCCAGUUCAACCUUCUUCACUCCAAGUUUCAUCUCUGCUCUGUGCCAACUCGUGCACUGCUGCUGUCGGCUUACAUCAAGUUCAUUAACCUGUUUCCUGAAAUAAAGGCCACGAUCCAAGACGUCCUGCGGUCAGACAGCCAGCUCCGAAACGCUGACGUGGAACUUCAGCAGAGAGCCGUCGAGUACUUGAGGCUCAGCUGCAUUGCCAGCACUGACAUAUUGGCCACAGUCUUAGAAGAAAUGCCUCCUUUCCCAGAGAGGGAGUCGUCAAUCCUUGCCAAGCUAAAGAGGAAGAAGGGCCCGGGCAAUCUGCCCGAUAUCGACGACGCCCGGCGGAAUGUCAAUGGCAACACUGAGCACAGCGAGAAAACUGAAGCCACUAACAAGUCUUCUAUUUCACUGUUGGCAGACCUUCUACCUACCAACAGACCCCGUCCUGCCUCUUCUAGCCCCGUCAUUCUCUCUGCUGGGAUCAUGGAUUCCACUCACUCCUUCACAGACCUGCUGAAUCUGAACUCGACCCCUUCAGCAGGAGCCAAUCUGCUGAUUGAUGUCUUCUCUGACAGCUCUACCCUCGAGUCCACAGACGCGUGCGAGGAAAACUUUACCAGGUUUGUUUGUAAGAACAAUGGUGUUAUCUACGAGAACCAGCUUUUGCAGAUUGGACUCAAGUCUGAGUACAGACAGAACCUGGGUCGCUUGCACAUGUUUUAUGGCAACAAGACGUCCACCCAGUUCCUCAGCUUCUCCUCAUCAGUGUCAAGUCCCGACACACUCAUGACUCAGCUGAAUGUCCAGGCGAAGACAGUAGACCCCGUAGUAGAAGGUGGGGCUCAGGUCCAGCAGAUCCUCAACAUUGAGUGUGUGUCAGAUUUCACGGAUGCACCAAUACUCAACAUCCAGUUCAGGUACGGUGGAACUCUCCAGAACAUUGCAGUGAAACUCCCUGUGAUGCUGAACAAGUUUUUCCAGCCCACAGAGAUGAUGUCCCAAGACUUCUUCCAACGCUGGAAACAGCUUGGAGCGCCUCAGCAAGAGGUUCAGAAAAUCUUCAAAGCCAAACACCCGAUGGACACAGACGUUACCAAGGCCAAGAUCUUAGGUUUCGGUGUCGCUCUGCUGGAGCAGGUGGAUCCCAAUCCUGAAAACUUUGUCGGAGCUGGAGUCAUUCACACUAAGAACACUCAGGUGGGCUGCCUGCUCAGACUGGAGCCCAACGCACAAGCAGAGAUGUACCGUCUGACCCUCCGGACCAGCAGGGACUCAGUGUCUCAGAGACUGUGUGACCUCCUCUCUGAACAGUUUUAGACUCAACACGGCUCCAGCAUUUUUUUACACCUUUACUCUCCUUUGAUUGGAACUGAUGUAUUGUACUGUGUACAUUCUCUUUUUUAUUCUAGUUAUUUUUCACACAUAUCUUUACUAAUGUGUCACUGGUUUCAACCUGAUCUAUGUGUUGCACACACACUGUGAACACCUCUGAAUGAUCGUAUGCUCUGCAGCGUUGAACAGUUUAGUUUUCGGACACGGUCACACGUACGCAAAUGCUGGUAAGUGGAGGGUUGAGCUCCAUGUGAAGCCACGCUGGAGAUCUGCUUCACCACAGGAAGUGAAUGUUUCAUUCGCCCCCUUGCUCGCACUGGUUGGAAGUGAACAGGAGGCGAUGGUUCACCACUGUUACAUCUGCGUAUGUGUGCCCAUGCCCUUAGUGUGUUUUUGCUGCUGGGUUACUGCCUUUCUUAUUCAGACAUUUUGAAGUCGCUGAGGAGACGUGAAUGAGACUGAGUCCGUUGAAAAUCUCAGUAGAAGAAGAAUUUACCAAUGAUCUCAACAACGAAUUCAGUGUUUCUGUGAGACAUUUAUUCUUGUAGUGUAAACAAUUGUUGCACAGGACUGAAAAGCUUUCCUCGUCUCCUCGCCCACUUGCACUUUUGUAAAAAAAAAAAAUAAGACAAUAUUUGAUCACAUUGGUAGAUUUAGUUUUACACCAAAGUUAUCUCAAGAGGAAGAUCAAAGCUUUGAAUCAAGCAUAAAAGAUGAGCUGCAUUCAGCACAAAUUGUACACAUAGAAUCCUGACACUCAGAUAAAAGGUCAAAAUGGAAAAAGAGCCGCAGGUAGCAGAUGGAUUAUCAGCUUCUCACGGUGAAGAAGUCAUUUUGUUUCCAGGUUCUCUGCUUCACUUAAGUGCCUCUAAAUCCUCUCUGUCAAGAAGAGAAAGAGCCUUCAAACAGACGAGAGUCUAAAGCACCACACUACACUUCUUCACAGAACACUGCCAAACUGGUGAUAUUACAGUCUCAAUAACCAGGUGUAUUUUCUCUCUUAUAAAAUGUACUUAUAUCAUCA